AUGAACAGCUCCGUCAGCAUCCGCUGGUCGCCGCACUCGACGCCCGACAACCAGCGCUUCCUGAAGAUCAACUCCACGCAGCAGGAGCUGUGCCUGUAUGAUCUCGCCCACGAGAAGGGCAAGGGGACGCAGUGCAGGCUGGUGUCGAAGCACUCGAAGGUGCCGUAUAUUCGUUGUUUCGACUGGUCGCCCACGCAGGAAGACCUCGUCUCCGUCGGCCAAUCCUCCGGCGAAACCCUCCUCUACCGCCUCUCCACGCGCGCCUCCAUCCCCCUCCGCGUCAAGCACCAGCGCUCCUGCAACAGCGUCUCCUUCAACAGCAGCGGCGCGCUGCUCGCCACCGCGCUCGACAAGGUGCGCAACGACUUCUGCCUCAACAUCUGGGACAUCGCGGCCUCGCACCUCUCCGCCGGCCAGGGCGGCAUCGCGCGCCCCUCCUGGCAGCUCGCCAGCAGCGAGGCAAUCCCCAGCGUCCGCUUCCUGCGGAAGGACCCGGACGUCCUCAUCUGCGGCGUCAGCUACCGCUGGAUCCGCUGCUACGACAUCAGAAAAUCCCCCGUGACAACAGUGUUCGCGGUGCCGCACCGCUGCGCCCACGGCCUUUCUCUCGACCUCGACUCAAACUACUUCGCCUCGCACAGCGACGACGGCGUCAUCGCCGUGUGGGACAGACGGCACAUCGGCUACGGCGGCCCCGCCAACGAGCCACGCCCCGCCCUCCUGUUCAACCGCGCCGAGGAGUACGGGCGGCAGCCCAGCCCCAUCGCGUCGCUGCGCUACAGCAACACCAAGCCGGGGACCUUCGCGGUGCUGAACACCAGCGGCGGCCUACGGAUCUACGACACGGGCAAGAUCGCCGACGGCGACCCGCCGCUGGGCGCGGGGCUGUUUGGGCCCGGUGUCAUUGCCGGGGUGCAGCCGAGCGGGCGCAAGGGGUGGAGGGAUAGCGCGGCGAGUCUGUUGGAUGGGGCGCGCAUGAAUGCCGGUGGUGGUGGGACGGCUUCGGGCGCGCGGACGCCGAAUGUCAGGGUUGAGCCCGGGGAGACGCUAUUCGUAACCCGUAUAAAGGACAUCCAGACGACGCCCGUGCGGACGGCGAAGAACGACCGCCGCAUUGUGUCCUUCGACUGGAUGAGCGACUGCGGGUCCGAGGACAUCCGCACCAUCUGCCUGCGCAACGAUGGCACACCCGUGGUUAUGUCCUGUUCUGGGAGUGCGACGAGUCUGGCUUUUGGGUCCCGUAAUGGCCUGCUGAUCACGCAUGGGAAGGACCUGAAGGUGCUCCCCAGCCCGAGCACGGCGCUGACCCAGCCGCAGGAGGCAGACGCCGAGGAGGCGAGUGUCGACUCGCCGGUCGGGUCACCACCGGGCACGGGCAUGCGCCUGGGCAUGCAUGAGGGCCGCCGCCUGGGGCGGUCCAACUCGAUCGCGCGACCCGAGGACUUCCUCUACGACGCGGCCGAGAUGCUGAAGAACGACAUCUGCGUGAUCAUGCGGCGGCGCGUGGAAGCCGGCUACGAGAUGGACUGCGCAAAGAACAUAACUCUCGUCCCCGAGGAGCCCGAGCUGCAAGAGAUGUGGCAGUGGCUUCAGGGGGCCACCGAGGCCGCUGCCGGCGGUGGAAUGGUCGCUGGCAUCCUGGACCUCAGCUACAUGGGUGUUCUCGGCAUCUGGAACAACGGCACGGGGCUGGGGCCGUCGGCGAUCAGUAACAUGGCGACACGGAACCUGUCGUCCCCGCCGCGCACACCCACGCAGGCCGACUGGACGGCGGCUAUCGCCGAGAUCAACCGCCGCGCCAAGCGCUCGCCGUUCACGGGGCGCACCAAGUUCCCUGAGCAGCGGCGGCUGGCGCUGGCGAUUGCCGGCUGGGACUUUGCGCCGUCGGAGCUGGAGGCACACCUCUCGCGGCUGGAGGCCGCAGGCGAGGUGGCCAAGGCGGCCGGGUGGGCUCUGUUCCACGGCGAGACGGAGCGCUGCAUUGCCACGCUGGGGCGCGGCGGGCAGCAGAUGAAGAUCAUGUCGACGGCGGUGGCGGGGUACUAUUCGCAUGCGACGCUGGCGCAGCCGACGGCGGCGGCGACGGCCGAGAGCGUCAAGAACGCGGGGAUCUGGAAGGAGCUGUGUCGCGCGAUGAGCGUGGAGCUCGAUGAGCCGUAUCUGCGGGCGGUGUUUGCGUAUGUGGCGAAUGGCGAGUGGCGGGAUGUGUUGGAUGAUGUGGGGCUGCCGAUACGGGAGCGGCUGGGGAUUGCGCUGCGGUGGCUGGAGGAUGGGGAGUUGACGGGGUAUUUGGGCGGGUUGGUGGAUACGGUGGUGGGCGAUGGGGAUGUGGAUGGGCUUGUGCUCACGGGUGUCGGGGGUAGGGUGGGGGAGUUGUUGCAGGUGUAUGUUAACCGCAAGGGCGAUGUGCAGACGGCGAGUCUGGUGGCGGGGCUGGCGGUGCCGAGGUAUGAUGAGGAUGAGCGCGUGGGGUACUGGGUCGAGAGUUACCGGCAGCUGCUCAAUAGCUGGCGCCUCUUCCACGCACGCGCGAAAUUCGACGUGGCGCGCGGGAAGCACUCGCGGAAUCGGGCUGGCGUAAUGACGGUGCCGGAGGUGCAGAGGCAGAACAUAUCCUACGGCGCGCCCACGCCCACCGCCAAGCCCGCGGGCACAUCAAAGCCCCACAUGAACCCGCGCGAAAUAACACAAGCGCCGACCUCCCUCGCGGGCGUCAACGCAGCAACCAAAGCGACGGUGUGUCCGCAGUGCAAGAAGAGCCUGCCGCGGUGCGCGGUGUGCCUGCUGAACCUGGGGACAAAGUACUACAAGAAGAGCGCCGAGGGCGGCGUCGUGCGCGGCGCCGAGGACGGCAAGAGUGUUGAUCCGGCGGGCGAGUUUGAUCGCUGGUUUAAUUUUUGCCUGUCGUGUAAUCAUGGCAUGCAUUCGGGGCAUGCGAGGGAGUGGUUUGCGAGGCAUGGGUUGUGUCCGGUGCCGGAGUGUGAUUGUCGGUGUAAGAUGUGA